AAUUCACCAUUGUAAACACAAAUUUGUUAUGGCCGCCAGCGUAUCUCAGACUCGAUACGAACGCAAAAUACGCUUGCAGCAGGCCAUUAAAGAGGGUAAAAUAGUCAAAGUAGCCUUUGAGAAGUGUCCCUUGUGUUUUGAAAAUAGAGGAUAUCUUCUAUGUGACACUUGUAUAAACGGAGGAGAGUUUACUCAUACACAAAGAAUCGAUGGUCCAAGGUAAAAUUAAUAAUUCCUUUUUUUAGCUACUCUUUGACUGAUGUCAUCGUAUAUUUGUAGCUUUGACCGCAGAAGGUCUUAGGUCAAGGACUCAACUUGUUUUUAUUAAAUUUUAUUUUCCAGCUUCAGACAAAAGGAGGCAAAAUGGAAUGAAGCCAAACGGGAAAGGGAUCAAUUAUGCAGAAGGUAGGCCUAGCCUAAAAAACGAAUUAUUUUCAUGAAAAAUUACUCUUUAUUUUAUUAAUUUAUUACUUUUUACUUUAUAACUUUAUAGUUAUAGUAUACAGUGUCAGUAUACUCACUGAAUAGGCUGUCACUGUUAGUAUAAUAAAGUAUAAGUAUUUUAGUAUUAGGUCUAGGUUGCUUACUAUUUUAUAAUAUUAAUAAUAUUAUCAUUACUUACAUUCAGCCAGUUGUCGUUGAGUCAGUCACAGUUAUAGCUUGGGCCUGACUAGGCCUAUAGUCUAUAGUAUAAGUAGGUAAAUAAUAUUAUAUAUAUAAAUCGAAUACUUAAGACUUAAGAUCAAAAUAUACUAUAGUUAUAGUAUAGCAUAUUUGCCUGUCACUGUGCUCUGUUAUUUUCUUAACAUUCAUUUACAGAAUAUUGGCCAGUUUUCAUCUCUUACUAAUGACUAAUUUAUUGAUGUUUUUAAUUAUGUUGUGUACUUUUUUUUUUCAUUUUUUUUUUGUAUAGAGAUAAUUUACAUUCAGCAGAUAUAAUAGGUAAUAGUGGGCUCAGUGGCCUCCGUCAUUUUCAAAACAGGAUAGUGUGGUUUUCGCUAGGCAAAAAUGACAACAAUUUUUUUUUUAUUUACACACAAUCAGCGCCACUCCUUUCUCAGUUUUUUCCAGGCCUGCCAUCUUUAUUACCAUGAUGGCAAAAAAUGUCACCGUAGCAAAAGUGAAAGCUAUGAAGAAAAAAAAGUUGUGCAAAAACAUGUCUGCUAAAACUACAUACAGAGAGAAAGAAAAAAUUAGGAGAAAAAAAGAUGUUAAAAUUUAAUUAUAUAUAAUUUUAUGAGAAAAACCUAAAAUUCUACCUACCCUGAAUGCUAAGUCAGUCCCCCUAACUUGAGUGUAAAUUUAGCCCUCUCUGACUAAAAUCUAUGAUCUAAUGUGUACCCUAAAACCACUUGUUCGUGCGCUACUAUAUGCAAAAAAAAAUUUUUUUUAAUUUUCAAAAAUAUGAAAAUCCAACUUAAAGUUUCACCAAUUACACUUUUACACACUUUAUUGCAGGUUCCAACAAAAAUAAACUCCAAAAUCAUCAAAAUACAUUUUCCAAAAUCCCAGCAAAAUAGCCUUUUUUUAUACAUAUAUAUCUUAAUUAACCACCCUAUAAAAUAUCAAUUUAAAAAAACUGUCAAUCAAAAAUAUUCCGUCAGCUUAUUAAUCUAAAAAGAGAAAAGUUGACUCUACAUGAAUUAACAAAGGGCAGAGAAUCCUACACAAAAACUCAAAGUGGUGCGGAUUGCAUAAAUUGACCAGAUUUUCUAUUAUUCUCUUGUGUACCUUUUAUCCCCUAUCGAUUUUUGUAAUUCAUUCAAACAGGGGGAACAAUUUAAUGUUUAGAGUUCAGCAGUGCUCCUACAUUUUCAAGUGUACUAAGAGAAUAAAAUUUAUUUUAUGUAGCGUUAAUUCCAUGAAUGAUUAUUAUCAGUGCUUAAUGUACAGCAUUAUUAUUCUGUCAAUAACAUAACAUAUAUUUGAUUAUGUUUCAUUUACUUUUUCAAAAUAAUUAUUUAAAAUAGUGUAAUUUGAAUGUUGUAAUGAUCUUCUACAUGCAUAUAUAGACCACUGUAGUUACCUGCUUUCUUCUUAGUGGGGAUUUGGGUUUUUUAAAAAUAUCUUGCAAUGAAAUUACAGUUGUAUCAAAUUAUCACAUUUUUAUCCAUUUUUGUAGGUUUGAGCUAGAGAUUGAAGAUAUAGAGAGAGCAAAUGCUAAGGUAUGUUUAAUAUUAUUGCAAGAUUAUAUAAUUGUAAGAAUCAAAGUUUAAAGUUAAAAAGGAGGGAAAUAUGAAAUCCCAUUUAUUCUACUUGUUAUGUAAAAUAAGUGUUUUAUAUAUUUUUAUAGUUUUCUUUUCAAUCAAGUAUCAAUGAUAUUUCAGAGGACUGAAAUUGAAUUAAUAAAACGCAAAAUUACUCUGCUGAAAAAGGCAAUAACAGAAACAAAAGCAAAAUGCAAUUCAGGUAUAUAAAAGUAUUUAGUUUGAUAGAUUUUUAUAUUUAUCUUUCUUGCAUGUUUUAAUAAUUAUCAAAUAUGUUAAAGAAAAAUAUUUCAUAUAAUUUAAAUUAGUUCAAUAUUUUCUGUCAAUUUUCAAGUUUUAUUUUAUAAACCACAGACAGUUUAGAACUGAAACAAAACAAGAGGAAAAGAAGAGAUUCACAGAAUCGCUUAUAUCACAGUCAGACAGUAUGCCUUAAAGGUUUGAGUGCCAGAGUUAAGGCUCUCUCUGAGCUCCCCUCACAGAGACUCCCAUCUCUACGAGACCUGUGUGAAGUAGAUUUUAACAAAGACUGUGAUGUGAAACAACUCAUCCAAUUGGCCAGCAGAACUCUACAUGGGCAACAGCAAGAGGUCAAAGAAUCCAAGGAAGGGACAAAUGUAUAUCAUAAGUCUGUACCAGUUCUGAUGACAGAGCUUGAUCUGUACCAUCAAUAUCUUGCAUACAGGCGAUCACACUUUUUGGAGACAUUACAACACAGGAUUUUUCCUAUUGAAGAAGUCUUUGCCUUGGGGUGAUUACAUUAGUCUUCAAAUCUAAUACUCCCAAAAUCAUUUUUUUAACCAUGUUUUAUUUUAAAUUUCUUAAAAUUUUAUUUCACAUCUUUUCUUGAUUAUCUUUCCUAAAUCACCCCAUUUGAAAUAUGAAAAGUUCAUUGUGAUAUGAAGUUUAUGGUGUAUGGGGUCAAUGAAAUAAUUUAUUGUAUAUUUUAUACAUACAUUUUGCGACAGCUUUGUUUAAUUAAUUUAGCUUUUAAAUUUAUUGUGUCACAAAUGUAUAAAAAUGCAGUAAUGAAAAUAUGCAGUGAUUUGAUGAUUUUUUUUUUCUAUAGAAUUUGUACAAUUUAUCACAUUAGACUCAAGUUCACUAUUCAUCUAAGAGGGAAGGGUCUUAUUUGUUAUGGCUUAUGUUAUGAUACUGUAACUUUAAAUGAACCAUUUGUAUUUCACCACAGAGACUCUGACAACCUUGAGAUGAGCAUGGCUACUGCCCUUAAAGAUGCUUGUGAGACAGCAUUUAUUGGUGGCCGGUGGGUUCAUGGUGACCACAGAGGAGAGAAUCACUGCACAAUUGUUGGGUCAACUCUUGCUGACUAUAGUGGUUCAUUAUCUGCUAUUAGCUUAUUUGGUAAAGCUUUGAUCAUUCUGUAACUGCUUAAGAACACAGGAUUUAAGAUUUAAACAAUCUACAUUAUCUAAUUUAUCCAAGCUGAUUGAAUCAACUUGGAUUUAUCUGUAGCAACAUUAAUUUUUUUUUUAUUUGCCAGUCCUCCAUCUUCUUUUAUGUUGCUUGUGUUUAGCUUUUGAUGCUGGAACGCAAAGCUAAAUAAUGUCAAUAAUACACUUUAUUUGACAAGGGGGUUUAUCAGCUACUGCAUAAAAAAUAAAUCUUAAACUUUAUGCCACAUAAUAUAUAUAUAUAUAAUAUUAUAUAUACAUAUUUCUCUCUCUCUCUCUUUCUAUAUAUAUAUAUAUAUAUAUGUAUUAUAUAUGUAUAAAUAUAUAUAUGUAUUAUAUAUAUUAUAUAUAUAUAUAGAGAGAGAGAAAUAUGUAUAUAUAUAUAUACAUAUAAUAUGUAUAUAUAUAAUAUACAUAUAAUAUGUAUAUAAAAUAUGUAUAUAAAAUAUAUAGAUAUAUAAUAUGCAUAUAUGUAAAAUAUGUAUACACAACUUUCAAUGUCAAAUACAAUCUCAUUUUUAUUUCUUUUUAGUAAUGUCCAGCAGACAUGCUUCAGAAAACCCAGAAAAAAUUCCAGUUGGAAACCCAAGUUACGGUGUUCAUUCUGCGCUUAUGUACACAACUAUGUUUGUCACGCUGGCGUCCCAUGUAUUAGAUGUUCAUUUACCUCGGCUGUGUUCCUUAAAGUGAGUACUGAUUUCUAACUUUGUUGCAUAAUUUGGUUGAAAUAUCAUUGAUGCCAUUAAAUCAGGUGAUGUAGUUUUUCCUGUUUUCUGGGGAAUUUAUGUUGGGUUUUUUUUUUUUGUUAAAAAUUAAAAGGUGCAAGUGAAUGUGUUGGUUAUUAAAAUAUUUUUAAUGCCCUACUAUGAAUAUUCCGCCAUAGCUGGUGAAAAAUAUAACCUUUUUUUUUAAAGUUUGGUCACAACUCUGUUGCAAAUGCUUGCUUAUAAAGUAAAUAAAUUGUGGAACAAGGUAUGUUUAGGAUAGACAAGACAAUUAAAUGUUUGUCUUUUCUUUUCAAUCCUAAACAUAUCUUGUUCCAAUAUUUAUUCUCUUUACAUGGCUUGAAUGCAGUCCCUCAUACAUAAUCCUUUUUGCUUAUUAUGAUGGCUACAGACAAAACAAGGCAUCAUUUAUUUUUUAACUAUUGAAUUGUUAGAGUAACCUUUAAUUUCAUUGUUUUAAUUGGGUGGUUUUGCUGAUUUUUUGCCUAUAAUUGCCAUUUCUAUAAUCAUAUUUUUUCUAGAGAAAUAAAAGAUGAUUUAAGUGAGCAGGAUUUCUGUAAUUAUGUAUGGCGUCUGCAUCAGAAUAUCCUUCACCUUGCUUAUAGCCAAAAUGUGGAUCCUGAUAUGCUUCUGGACAACUUAUCUCUCCACAAUGUCCUUGCAAUUCUCCGGUGCCCCACCUUAGGGAGGUAUGUUCAGUUUUAAAAUAUUUUCUGCAAGUUUUUGGGCCCCCCCACCCAAGUAUUCAUGUUAAGUGUUUUCAAAAAAACUAAUGCCCAUUUGAAAAAUAUAUUCCUUUUAUAAAUGUUUGAGCAGAUUUUCAUGACAAGUUAUUUUAAAAUACCUUUUUAUGUUACUAAUUUUUAAAUCAAACACUUCUCACUCUAACUUUCAUGUAAUUUAUAUCUUUUAUCUCUAUACUAUAAGGAACAAUGCAUUUGUUCCAAGCUACAACCUCCCUGUUGAAGUCGACCUAUGCCCAUUGGAAUAUGAGAGUGAGGGAGAUGUUGACCCAGCAGCAGCAGAUAUGGAUCUGACUCGUGAUUGGGAACGUGUGCCCACCAGCCUGCCAACAUUUGACGCAUCCAGCAUGGGCCUGUCAUCUCCUGCAGACAACAACACAUCUACCGCGGGUGCCUUGUAUAACGCAGCUAAUAAAGCAGUGGGAAGCCUGACUGGCUGGUUUACAUCUUAUUAUGGGAAGAAAUGAGGGUAAUGUUGAGCAGUGGCUUUUGUUUUUAGAAUUGAUUUAAUUUUAAAAUGAGAAUAGACUGAUCACAAAAAUGUAUUUGUAUCGGGUUUUAGCUUAAUCACUCGAAGAAUUUUAUUAUUAAUUUCAAGGCUAAUAUAAUGCAGUUAUUUUAGAUUUUUUUUGAUGGAUUGGAUGUUUUCCCAAAAUUAACACAAAGACACUUUACUGUCUAAAAAUCUAGUCCCCAUUUAAUGUAGGACGUAAAGGACUAAUAAAAAUUAUAUUUUUUGACAUUCAGCAAGUGCAAUAACAGUAAUGAUAUAUAUUUCUCUGCUUGUAAAUAAGAAUGUUUAAAUGAUGUAUGAGUUGUGUGCAUUUGGAACAAGAUGAGUCUCAUUUGAUGGAUUAAGGAAACCUUUUCCUUCGCUUGUCAAGGUAAUUUUACCUACCCCUUUGGACUGGAACAUUUUUUGAUACUUGUUUUCAAGUGACAAUAACUACAGGCAUUACCAUUUUUUAUUUAAAUGUUUAUGGAACUGCUAUUGGCCUCAGACAUUACAAUAUGGGGUGAAAUAUUUAAAAUAGCUUCUCUCCUUUUCUUGUGCAGAGUAUCUGCCAGUGACAACUGUUAUUUCUUUUCACCCAACUAUUUAUAAAAAAAAAUGGGAGGGAUUUUUUUAUAACAGGUAUGAGGAAACUGUUAAAGUUUUAAUAUUAUCAGAGCAUUUGUUACUCAUGCAGGUACACAAUUUUAAUUCCAUUAAUUCAAUUAAGUCAGGAAUAAUACUCUUUAUCAAUUUUAAGAAUAAACAAUAAUUUGAAAUCAAAUCAUUUAAAUCUUUUGACAUUAUUGUACAAAAAGUAUUCUUGUCUGGUAAGUUCUUUCUUUUAUUCUUUCACAAUUUUUAUAAUUUCUGAGGGUACAAUUCUAUUGAAAAUUAAAUGCUAAUUGACAAGUCAAAGGUUACAUUCCAAAGUAGUUUCUCACUUGUAAAUGAAGUUUUUUUCCCCUAAAAUUUUGUCUGAUUAUUUAUUUAUGGUCCACUUUCUUGCUUGUUUUCUAUCACUGAAAUGAUCAUUCAAUCCUGUUAGACGUAUCUAUCUUUAGUCCUCAUCGCAUUUUUAUAUGUAAAAUAUGCAUCAAGCUUUGGGGGGAUUGUCAUUUUAAAAUGCCACACUUAAAAGUUAAAGAAGCAAAAUAUUGAGGGGAAAAUCCUAGGGUUGCCGAUUUAUUGUGAAAUUCAAUUAUUUUAUGCUUAAUUUAACUUUCAUCUCUAAACAUAGUUUUACAUAAUGUGAAUGCUAUUCAAGGAUUUGCUUGAUACAUAUGUUUCCAAGAGCAAAAAUCCUAUUAUUUUAGUAUGUUCACAUGGUCAAAUGCAAAUGUUAUUGACAUUGAGUUAUAAGAAAUCAUUUUUAAAAGGUUUUCACAUUAUGCAUUUACACUGCCUUGAGUUUUUUUAUUAUAACGUUCAGUUACUUUUCAAAGGUGACAGUUUUAUAACGCCAUGAGAAUUUUAGGAUUAACUGAUUUCUCCUGAAGAAGACUUAACAUUAUUGUUUCUUAACUAUAAAUGACAUGUACACUAUGAAAGGGUAGUAAUCAUAUGUUUGGAGGUUAAUUAAUCAGUCCUUAUGUGUAAAAUCCCAAUGACAUGAAAUGUCAUCUAUUUGAACAGUAGGUCUGGUCUGUAAAAGUUUUUUUUUUAAAGUAUAUUCUCUUACUCUAUUGCAAAACAUGUUUUCUUCUUAAACAUUUUUAAUUUUGUGGUAAAUGUAGGACAUUUAGUGUUUCAGCUAUAUAUAUAUAUAUAUAUAUAUAUCUUAUAAAGAUUAGCAUUAUUUUUUUUAUUGCCCUGAGAAUACUUGACAAAUCAAAAAGAGAGUAGAUGUUUCUGGUGUUUCACGAUUUGUUUAUUUGCUUUAUGCAAAAACAUCUGAAAUCCUAUUAUAGCAGGAACAUAAAGGAGGUGUUCCUCCCACAUGUAUCUCUUACCAUCAGUGAUGAAAUCUUAAAAAUGGAUACGCAAAAACUGUCAUUGCGACAGAAUUGUUUUGAUUUGUGACUGUCAGAGAAGUAAAAUAAUUGUUACAUUAAAAAUGCUGUAAAUAAUUUUUUUUGAAGAAAAAAUCUUGCCAUAGCCUUUCAUUCAAAAUCUUAUAUUUCAAAAAAAAAAAAAAGACAAACCACUUUAUUUAAUGUUCACAGAUGUUAUUUCUUCAUUUAUAAUUAAAUCAUCCGGUGCUUAUGGAACUGUUUCAUUGAUAAACUAAUAAAUUAUAGAUAAAAUGGUUUUGUUUUCUUUGUUAUUUUGGUAUAUCAUCCAAAAGAUCCUUCUGUGUUAAAUAUGUAAUGUCCCUAUAAGUGUCAUGCAUUAUUUAAAUUUGUUGACUCUACUUGUAUAUCCAUUUUGUAUAAAAAAACUUAUUCACAAAUUUAACAUUGUUUCCUUACAAAUGUAUAAGAAUGUGAAUGUUAAUUUUUUGUUUUUUUUAAAUAAAUUCCUCUAUUACAUAAAAACAAAAAUGAUUUUUGGAAUUAAGCUUUCUUUUUUUUCUUUUCUUUUUUAAUAAUAUUGAAAUGUAU